UACUACUACUACCACUAAUACUACUACUACUAAUACUAUUAGUAAUACUACUACUACUUCUAGUACUUCAAUUAAUACUAGUACUACUACUACUACUACAACUACUACUAGAACUACUACUACUAGUACUAGUAAUACUACUACUACUUCUAGUACGACUAUUAUUAUUAGUACAACUACUACUACAACUAUUACUAAUAAUACUACUACUAAUAUUACUACUACUACUACCAGUACUACUACUAGUACUACUACUAAUACUACUACUAAUACUACUACUACUACCACUACUACUACUAGUACUACUACUACUAGUAAUACUACUACUAGUACUACUACUACUAGUACUACUACUAAUACUACUACUAGUACUACUGCUAGUACUACUACUACUCCUAUUACUAAUACUACUAUUCCUACCAAUACUAAUACUACUACUAAUUGUACUAAUAUUAUUACUAGAAUUACUAACACUACUAUUAUUACUAGUACUCCUAAUAUUAGUACUAAUAAUACUACUAAUAAUACUACUACUACUACUAGUACUACUACUAAUACUACUACGACAAUUAGUACUACUACUACUAGAACUUCUUCCACUAGUACUACUACUAAUACUAGUACUAAUAUUAUUAAUAAUACUACCAGUACUACUACUAGUACUACUACUACUACUAGCACUGAUACUAUUACUACUAUUGCUACUACUAGUACUACUACUACUAGUGCUACUACUAAUAAUACUAGUAAUAUUACUACUACCACUACUACUACUAUUAGUACUACUACUACUACUAGUACUAGUACUACUAGUAUUACUACUACUACUUAUCUACUAUACUACUACUACUACUAUACUACUAAUACCACUAGUACUACUACUACUACUAGUACUACUACUACUACUAGUAAUACUACUACUACUUCUAGUACUACUACUAAUACUAGUACAACUACUAAUACUACAACUACUUCUAAUAAUACUACUACUAAUAUUACUAAUACUACUACUACCAGUACUUCUACUAGUACUACUACUAAUAGUACUUUUACUGAUACUAAUACUGAUACUACUAGUACUAAUAAUAAUACUAGUACUACUACCAAUUGUACUACUACUACUACCACCAAUACUACUACUACUAGUACUAUUAGUAGUACUACUACUACUACAAAUACUACUACUACUACUAGUACUAGUAUUACUACUAUUAUUAGUACUACUACUACUAGUACUACUACUACUACUAGUACUACUACUACUAUUACUAAUAAUACUACUACUACUACUAGUACUACUACAACUACUACUACUAGUACUACUACUACUACUACUAGUACUACUACUACUACUAGUACUACUACUAGUACUAUGAGUACUAUUACUACUACUACCAGUACUAAUAACACGACUACGACUACUAGUACAAAUACUAGUACUACUAGUAAUACUACUACUACUACUAGUAGUAAUAAUACUAGUAAUACUACUACUACCAGUACUACUACUACUAGUACUACUACUAAUACUACUACUAGUACUACUACUAGUAUACUACUACUAAUAAAA